AAAUUUGGUAAAAACAAAAUUACUAUACAAAACUUGCCACUUUUUAUACAAAAACAACAAGGUACUUCAGGGGCUAAAGCCCUUACAUACAAGAAACAUAAGCAAGAUAGUAUGGAAACAUCUAGUAUAGAUAACCCAGGGUUUGACAGAAAAAAUAAAAAAGCAAGAACUUCAGCUACUGAAGAAGAAGAAAAUUUAGCUGAAAUUUGGGUAACAAGCUAUAAAGAUGCAGAGAAUAAGGAGUUGCUCCAAACAGAAAAUAUAGCAGAAAACAAAAAAGAAACAGUUGAGAAAACCAAAGUGGCAGAAGAAGAAAACAGCUGGUUUACCCAAACAAAUGACAUGUUUCAAGACUCGGCAAAACAAACAACACACAUGCCUAAUAAA